AUGUCGACUAGUAACAACCCAAAGGACAAGGUGCUUGAUACACGCUUCUUGGAAAUAACUCCAGACAAAGAACAGCUUUCUGUUAAUGAUCAAGGCUCCACGGAUAGAUUGAGUAGUGAUGAUCAACUCGAUGACCAGCUUGACUCCAGUCCACUCGCCCGCAAGAGUACUGGAGUAGGUAGUCGCUUGGCGGUCCUUCCGUUGAGGUUUACUCUCCCGAGUGCUAGUCCUGUUGAACUCAAAGAACAUCCAGCCCAGGAUGCACUGGUACAACCGGAGGUUACUGAUAGAUCCAAUGAAUUUGAAAUUGAUCUUUCCGCUCCCCCAACUUCAAUCAACCAAGAGGUCACACUGGGACUCAAUCAUAUUAUCGAUACCGACAACACCGGUGCCUUCUACGAAGAUACACUAGCCUUUGAUCACCGCCUAUUUGGUGAGAUCAUUUCAACUGCUAGCACUCCUCUCAGUACCUCUUUGGUCGGCAUUGUUACCCAGUCGUUCGACAACUAUCUUUUCAACUUCAUCUCCACCACAGACGCCCAGGAGAUUGAGGUCUCCCUCGCAAUCCCUCAGAACACUGAACGCGUUGAGCUUUUCGAUUGGGCCCAGCGCUACGGUAUCGACACUUCUGAUGACUGCUUCAUUGAUCUUCUCAGUGUCGUUCGUGCCAAGCCUGUUCCGAUUGAGGUUGUGAGAGGUAUCAAACGCUCUGCUUCAAAAGAGUUUGUAAUGCCGGCGGCAAAGACUAUUUGCAAAGAGGUUCGGAAAUGUCUUGCUGUGGCACCGAAAAGGAAGGCUGGGCCAGCAGAUAAGAAGCAUAGACCGAGAGUCGUGCAGAUUUCAGUUUGGCCCAGGAGGACUACGGCGAAGGCUUCUUGGACCCCAGUUCGUAUAGGGAGGCGAAUACCCGUGCUGGAUAGUGUCAUCUCUUGCUUCAGAUGGGAGGAAUCGGUUACUGGAUGA